AUGCGCACCACCGCGCUGUUCGUCGCAUCCCUCGCCGCGUGCGCCUCCGCGCUCUCGACGACGAAGAACCAGCGCGCGCCGUCUCUCGCUUUGAAAGGCGAAUCGACCGCCGCGCUCAAGGAGCAACUGCGGCGCACGGCCGCGCCGACGCAGAACGGCGUCGGCGCGUCGGAGCGCACGGUGCUCACCGUCGAGGCCAUCGCCGCGGAGCUCGAGAGCCGGCGGGACCUCGACGCGUUCCCCGCGCUCGAGGGCGCGCACGAGCUCGUCUUCUCGACGUCGACGGGCGCGAGCAGCGGCAAGCUCGGCCCCUUCGUCGGCCACGUCACGCAGACCUUCCUCGACGAGAAAACCUUCGUCAACGCCGUCGAGCUCGGGCCUUUGAAGGUCGCGCUGACCGCGCGCCGCGAGCCGCUCGACAUGUCCGGCUGGACCUACCGCGUGACCUUCGAGUCCAUGGGCCUCUCGCUCUUCGGCGUCGAGGUAGGGAGCAAGCCCAUCUCCGGCGGCGGCACCUGGAACAUCCGCUACGUCGACGACGACCUCCGCAUCAUGGACGCGCCGUCGCUCUUCGUGCUCUCGCGGCGACGGGACACCGCGAAGAGCCCGACGCUCCUGGACGCGCUCCUCCUCGAGCGCGCGGACCGCGUCGAGCUCUCGGCGGACAAGGAGGCCGUGCGGAACACGAACGCGCACCGCGGCGCCGAGGUGCGCAUCGACGCCUUAGCGACCGAGGCCGAGGCCGACCGGAAGAAGACGUCCGACCUCGACGCGGCCCUGGCCGAGGUCGGCAAGAGAGCUGAGAAAUUGGAACACCGCGCGAGUACGAUGUCCGCGCGGCUCGACGCGGCCGCGGGCACGGCGCCGGGCCCGUCGUCGUGGAAGGACGACGUCGACGACGUCGACGACGUCGUGGAGACGGUCAUGGCGCUCCAGGGCGAGGUCGCGCGCAUCGGCGCGGCCGUCGCGGUGACGAACAACUUGAUGGACCGGACGGCGAACGAGAUCAUGAUGCGCUUCCCCUACAAGGACGAGGUCGCGGCGAUGCACCAGCUCGCCGAGGCCGACGUGCCCGAAUCCCUCGAGGACGUCGCGUCGGGCGUCGACCUGUCCCUCGCGCCCGCGGCCGCGCCGGGCGCCGCGCCCGCGCCCGCGCCGCAGGGCAGCGACGGCGAGUCCGUCUUCGGCGUCGACGACUUCCUCGACGGCUUCGGCGAGGCGCCGGCGCCGUCGCCCUUCGAGGCUACGCCGCCGACCGUGAGCGCCAAGGCCGUCACGCAGAUGGAGCGGUCCGCGACGGAACUCGAGAAGUCGCUCGAGUACCUCAUGCUCCGCAUGCCCGCGCCGAACACCAUCGCCUUCGACGGCAAGCCCGUGGGCCUGCCGCCCUACGCCGAGAAGAAGCUCGCGUGGGUCGUCAGCGAGGUCAAGAAGCUCGGCGGGAGCCCGAGCAAGUGGGGCGGCGCGUCGUUCGACGACGACGACGAGACGCGGGACGGCGACUCGUUGGCGGAGGACGACAAGGAGCGCAAGUCCCUGAAGAAGCGCCUGGCCAAGGUCGAGCGGGCCGUGCGCAAGCUCGUCGACCGCGCCCCCGGCGACGCGUCGUCCUUCGCGUCCGACGCGAUGAGCCUCGGCUCCGCGGAGACGGCGAAGAUCGUCGACGCGCGCUUCGAGCAGGCCAUGCUCGCGACGCGCCAGGUCGCGGAGAACCUGCAGAAGCUCCGGUCGACG